CCAAGCAAUACCGAAGAAGAGGAUGAAGCGGCCAGUUAGACGAGCAGGAAGUGUCAAUCAAGUGUAAACAAAACACUUUUUUUUACAUGUUUGCUCUUCUAGAUUCGGCAAUCAUGGACUAACGUUGGGAAUACCAUGGAUAAAGUCUGCAACAAUGCCGCAGCCCAGAAUCAUGCUGGUGGUCACGGGAGAUGAUUUUGGUUACUGUCCCAAGAGGAACCAGGGCAUCGUGGACUGCUUCCUGGCUGGGGGCAUUUCCAGCGUGUCAUUGCUGGUGAAUGCAUCUGCUGCCAAACAAGCAUCUGAUUUGGCUAAAAGACACAGCAUCCCAAUCGGGCUCCAUGCCAACCUGACAGAGGGCAUCCCUGUGUGCCAGGAUCUCAGACAGACCUCCACACUCACCAAUGAAUGCGGCUUCUUCCACGGCAAGAUGGGCUUCCGUCAGGCAUUGGAAAGACAUCAGCUCAGCAUGGAACAGGUGGAGCAAGAAUUGAGAGAUCAGAUCAGGCUAUUCCAAGAACUGACAGGUCACCUACCCCAUCACAUGGAUGGGCAUCAGCAUGUACAUGUACUGCCAGAGGUGCGUGAGGUAUUUGCACAGGUGCUGUCAGAUCACCGAAUCCCAUACACUCGCGUUCCGGUGGAGCCGGGUUUGCACAGUUGCACUUGGCUGCCAGCACAUCUCCAAAGUUUCUACACUCAGGUGGAGAAGGAUGCUCUGGACUCCGUCCCUGUCUUCAGGCGAUAUGGAAUAAGGUGGCCGGAUGUCUAUCUGGGACUGACCACAGUAGGACAGAACAUGUCUGUCUCCAACCUGCAGAGAGCUCUCAGUUAUGCCUCGAAACCUGUGGUGUCCCACACUAUGUCCUCUUGUGAAGACAACGUGGUGACGGCAGAACUCAUGGUGCACCCGGGUUACCCCAGUCACCCCCAAGAAGGCGGCUGCGGAGAGGGACCCGAUGACUUCUCCCAGUCGGACGACCGACGACAUGAGCUGAGCGUCCUCGUUGAUCCGUCCCUGCUGGCCAUGUUCCGCCAGGAGAGAGUGCAGAUCUGUGCUUUUAAAGAUCUUUGAGUGAAAUGUAGAUAUACAUACACGUCUUAUUUAUGACUGCAAAUGUCUGCAACAUACACUCAUCAGCAAUUAGCUUGAUGACUCUACAAUGUGAGCACCUCCAUAAAGUUACAGAAAGGCAAACUUCAUAACAUGAAGGCUAUCUUCAUCUUUAUUCACAUGUGCACUAUAGAUUAUACUGUAUAGAUAAAUACAUAGUUUUAUAGAGAUUUUAUACUAGAAAUACACACAUAUUUAAUCAUGAAUGUCUGUGUACCAUAAAAAUGAAUAAUUAUUUAUAAAAAAAAAAAGAGCCAGUACGUACAGGAAGUGAUGAUGGGCAGAAUAUCACUACCAUCGAUACCAAGGACUCCCAUAUUGGUAUCAAUUCUCAGAUUACAAUAUGGACACCUGAAUGCAUUUGGGUGUUGACAGAAGAAGUACCAGUAAGAAUAAUGUGAGCAUACGUCUGUAAAGUUUAAAGUAAUUGACAUUCGCUUUCUUUAGAGGACAGUUGUAUUCGGCGGUAUUUCAAAGGAUGCAUGUUAAAAUGCUGCAUGUUACAUCAAAUCCAUUUUUGUCAUUUAUCAGCAGGUAGUUGAGGUGGUAAAAUGAUGUCCUGCUCCAAUAAGUUCCUUUCUCAGCGCCAGGUGUAAUGCUGCAUUCGUUAUUACAUUUUCAUUUCUUUUUUCUUUUUUUUUUGGCGUAAAGAUCAUCCACGGUGACAAUGUCAACUAACCAGAGGCGCAAAAUACAGUGAUAUUUUUCAUCAAAUACAGUAAGUACUACAUCAUAAGUGAUUUGUUUUAUAUUUCAUUGUUAAUACAAGUUCUUUGAUUAAGAAGUGGAAAGUUACAGCGAAGGGAGUUUGCAACUUUAAAAAGAGGGUGAAUAAUAAAAUAUACUGGGUGACCCUAAAGUCUGGGCACAUGGGCCAAAAAAUAAUUAAAAGUGAUUAAAUUUCAUGCAAUGUAAUAAAUAAGUACAUAAUAUUGGUGAAUAUUUUCUAAUUUUUAAUUUCAUUCAUUUUUAUGCAAUUUUUAUUUACGGCAUGUGAAACAGUUUUUAUGUAGUUCCUUAAUUUGUACAAUAUUGUUAAUUAGUUUAUAUGCAUAUAUAUUAAAAAAUAAGGAUUAUUAAUUAUGAAUCAAUUAUAUAUACUGUAAUAUAAUUAUAUAUACUGCGAUUGGCUGGCGACCAGUCCAGGGUGUACCCCGCCUGUCACCCGAAGUCAGCUGGGAAGUCAGCUGGGAUCUUGAAUUAUGAGUUCACUUUUAUAUGUAUAAUGUAUGUAUAUUACAUGUCCACACUUUUGGGGCAUCCUGUAUUAUGUAUUAUGAUACAUUUGUUGUGCGUAUAGUUAAUGUGUCUGAGCUGUGAUUCAGAAGUUGGGCUACAGGGGGCAGCAAUGUUUUAGCUCCUCGUUGUAGUCAUGCCAAGGCAACAAGAGUUGUAACACAAACAGAGCUGUGUCUGUUAAACGUGUUUUUAAAAAAAUAUAUAUUUUGUGAGACAAUAA